UCUGCCCCGCUCCAUGGGGACUGAGGUGCCCCUGGGAGGCCGGGGCCGUGACUCAGGGCCCGUGUUCUGUGGGGUAGCUCCUGAGAUUAUCGAGGACACCCUGAUCCACUUGGCCACGGAGAACGAGCAGUACCUGAGCGAGCUGCCCGAGCAGGCCGGGUGCUUCAAAGAGACGCGGAUCGUGGAAUUUAUAUUCCUUUUGGCUGAAAAAUGGCACUUGGACCUGCCCACACGGUACCAGGCAGUGGAGUUACUUGAACGGUUCAUGCUCAAGCAGGUAGAGCAGAUGUGUGGUGACAGAGGGAGCACACAAGGCCAGAGGAGCAGCUGGAGCUCUGUCAGGGAUCAGAUCACCAACACCUUUGUCCUGAGACUCGUGUCCUGUGUUCAGCUUGCCAGCAAACUCUCUCUGCACUACAGUAGAGUGACCAGUGACACAGCUUUAACAUUUCUGCAAUCCAUAAAAUACUCCUACACUAAACAGGAAUUGCUGGAGUCAGAGCUUGCUGUUUUGAACACUCUGCAGUUCCACAUCAACGUGUCAACCCCCUUGGCCUAUGUGGAAUUGCUCCUGGAGGUUUUAGGAUACAAUGGCUGCUUGCUUCCUGCCAAGCCUUUACACCAGCUGUGUGUGCAGCUGCUGGACCUCUGCUACCUGACCAGAGAGACCAUCUAUGACACCCUGCUGAAGAUUGCCAUUGAGAACUCCACACCCAGCAAACUGCAGAUAGCCAAGUUUUUAACAGUGAAGGAAGAUUUCAUGCUCCUGGCUGUUGGAGUCAUCAGUACAGGGGUGUUCAUCCUGAGCCCUGGGCACUGGGAGCAGGCUGUGGAGCAUUUAAACUGCAUCACUGGCAUCACUCCCCAGAGCAUCCUGGAGUUCUCCUACGCCGUGGUGAGGCGCGUGGUUGGCAGCACCACACCCGAGCAGCACCGUGCCACCAGAUCUCCUCAGGACAGAAUCCCUCCUCAGAAAUAGAACCACCCUGUCCCUCCAGUCACUGGCCCAGCAGCAGGAGCUGUCACACUGCUGACAGCUGUCCCUGCUCUGUGACAAUG